CAAACGUUAGUUGAACAUUAACUUUGGAUCGCAACGUUUGUAUCUUUCACAAUAGUCCGCAAUGUCGGCAAACAUUACCACGGUCGGUACAACAGUCGGUACAACGAUCGGUACAACCAUCGCCACGACUAUCGCCACACAUUUACAGAAUGUCACCGUGAGCAAAAGCUCCGAUCCGUCUAAUAAUCAAACUACACCAUUCUACAAUAACAAUUCAACAUCAACUACCGGCUUUAAUAAUUCAUAUACAAUACCGUGUUGCCAAAUUCAAUUUCCCACCGACCCGACCAUUAUUACAUAUGACAAUUAUUGGUACUGGGAUGAAAUAUUUUAUUUAUAUAUUAUGGUUUUCCUUCUGUUUGCCAUUGGAGCGGUUUAUGCAGCCCGUCUACGUGCAAAACGCUUAGAGGCACAAAAGCAAAGAGCUCGUCUACGCGCCCAAGGUAGUGGUAAUCCAUGCAACCCACCGCCCAACGGAGACUGCGCAGGCAACGCAGCGCCCAGAAUCGACAAUCCGCCAACAUAUGAGUCCGCUAUGGCAAAUUACCUCGACGCAAAGCAACAGUUGCGUCAGAUGGAGGAAGGUGCCUUAGCUGGUGCCAAUGCUAUGACUGCUUCCACAACAACAAUCGAAACGUGUGUCUCUGAUAUUGGCCAAAGUCAUACCGACUUGACACACAAUACAAACGAUGCCACACCCACAGGCAGCGUUGUGCUCAACACAGCCAGCGAAACACCAAAGCAGCCGCUGCAGUGAUACAAAUUAUAUACAUACAUACUAUGGUAUCACUAACGGUAUGGUUGUACAAUUCUACUGAAUAAGGAGUUAUUACAUAAGUGAUCCAUCACUAGCAAUUCGUACAUACAUAUAAAACAAAUGCUAUAUACUGUACACUUUACCGACAAAUAUAUAUAUAAACAUAUGCGAAGCGAAA